AUGGCGGGAAGUGCAGCAAAAUCGGUAUCGAGUUGGUUGGCUGCAACGCCGUCACAGGACACAAAAGCAUGGCAAAGGGCUGUUCAAUCUCUCUCGGAUGCCCCUCCGGCUGAUGAUGAGAAGGUGCUCUUUGACAUUAUUUGUCGUUUGGGGAGAGCUUGGCAAUGGCAAAGAGCAGUGCACGUCUUGGGCUACAUGUCCCUGGCCAGUGUGCAAGCCACUGUGUUUUGCCUCACUGCGGCGAUGGGAGCAUGUGAAAGGGCUGGACAAUGGCAGACCUCUGUCCAGCUGCUUUGUGAGAUGGUGCAAGCCGCUGUUCGAGCAAAUGCUGUUAGCCUCAAUUCUCUCAUCAGCGCGUGUGGGAAGGCCCGCGGGUGGAAACUUGCAACGCGAGUGCUCUCAGGCAUGUUUAGCAGAAGAGUCUCAAGAGACGAAUUCACUUGCUGCGCUGUCAUCACUGCAUGUGAGAGGGGCUUGCAAUGGCCACGGGCCAUUCACCACUUUGCCUGCAUGCCUGCUUCGAGGUUAGUGCACGAUGUGAUAAGUUUCAGUGCUGCCAUAAGUACAUGUGAGAAGUGUGGGCAGUGGGAAAUCGCCCUCCAGCUGCUCGUCGGCAUGGCCGUGGUUCGGGCCAGGCAGGAUGCGAUCAGCCAAAGUGCGGCGAUCAGCGCAAGUGAGAAGGGGGGACACUGGCAGCUUGCCCUCCGCCUUUUGUCACAAAUGCCGCAGGCCAGAGUCGCUGCAAAUGAAGUCAGCCACAGCGCCACCAUCAGCGCCUGCGGAAAAGUCGGUGACUGGAAGAGAGCCUUGCAACUGCUUACUGAUAUGCCUUCAGCAAAAUCGAAGCCCAACGAGGUUACGCUCAGCGCCUGCAUAUCUGCUUGCGAAGGGCACUGGCGCGCUGUCCUGCAGCUGCUCUCUCUUCUCGCACAAGCUAAGGCACGCUGCAAUGAGGUGACGCUGCAGGCUGCCAUUAGCUCAUGUGAGACGGCCGGGCGGUGGCAGGCCGCUCUUCACUUGCUCUCAGGUUUGACGUCUGUCCGAGCUGUGGAAGACAUCACGUAUAAUUCGGUAAUCAGUGCCUGUGCAAGAUGCUCGCAGUGGCAGAGGGCCCUCCAGCUGGUGUCAGAUAUGCGUGUGGCGAGAGUGGUUCCGAGCGAAAUCAGCAUCAGUUCUGCCGUCCGUGCAUGCCACGAAGCAGGGAGGCUCGCUCCUGUUCCGAAGCUGCUGUCAGAAGGAGGGGGUUUGCGAACAUUACGCACGCUACGAAUGUCGCAGGCACCCAUCUUGCAUGGUGCCAGUGCCGUGAAACGCAGGCACUCCGCCCAGACUUGUUCCAGCCGCAGGAGCACGAGAUUUGCUUGCAGCAGGGUUGGUUGGCCUUUAUAA